CCAGCCCACGGUGUCGAUCCUCAAAGGACACGUCCACCAUUGUGUAAUUAACCGAGCUCUUAAUAUAUAAUACACUACUCUAUUCUGGUAAGUGCCGCAGUGUGCACGUCUUUGUGAGUUGUGACUCCACCUCUGCUUGACUGAUUCUAAGUUCUAACCAAACAAUGGCGUCCAGCUGCCCUUCUUUGUCUCUCUCUUCCCCACAGACCCUUACCGCCCUCAUCUUCUUCAUCUCAUUUGCUUCUCAUCUUUCUUUGUUAACAGCUGCUACUACCAUCGCCACCGGCAGCAGUAAAACAAGCAAGACAAUUGGGAGUCGUUUCACGAAAAUCUACGCCUUCGGCGACUCAUUCACCGAUACAGGGAACACGCGUUCAGCAUCCACCGGCCCAACCAGUUUUGACCAUGUAUCCCAACUUCCCUAUGGCAUCACUUUCUUUCACCAUCCCACCAACCGGUACUCAGACGGCCGGCUCGUAAUUGACUUCUUAGCAGAAGCACUGUCCUUACCGUAUUUACCGCCUUACAUCAACCGAAAGGCCGAUACAUCUCAUGGAGUCAAUUUCGCAGUAGCUGGGUCGACGGCAAUCGACCAUGACUUCUUUGUUCGUAACAAUCUCACGCUUAAUAGGACUCCUCAGUCCCUGCACACUCAGCUUACUUGGUUUAACGAACUCUUGGAAGGCCAUGGAUGUGGUGGGUCGACACUGUCAGCCCAGUGCAGAGCAGAGUUGGGUGAGGCACUAUUCUGGGUGGGCGAGAUCGGGGCGAACGAUUAUGCUUACCUUUUCGGGUCUACUGUAUCCCAAACCCUUGUUCAAGAUCUAGCCAUCAACAGUGUUACCAGAUUUUUACAGGAAUUGCUGAAGAAGGGGGCAAAGUACAUCGUGGUUCAAGGUCUGCCGAUGACGGGGUGCCUGUCGCUGGCCAUGACACUCGCACCCCCCAAUGACAGAGACGACGUUGGGUGCGUGAGGAGCUCCAACAUGCAGAGCAGGAUGCACAACACAGCCCUCCAAAACAAGCUGCAGGAACUAAGGAGACAGCACCCAGAUGCAAUCAUCGUCUAUGCGGAUUACUUCAAUGCCUACAGUACAGUCGUGAAGAACCCUGUCAAGUAUGGGUUCAAGGAAAAAUUCAAGACCUGCUGUGGUUCUGGUGGUGACCCCUACAACUUAGAUCCAUUUGCUACAUGUGGCUCACCAGCUGCAUUGAAAGCCUGUCCAAACCCCGCCCAGUUCAUCAACUGGGAUGGUGUCCACCUCACAGAAGCCAUGUACAAGACGGUUGCUGAAUUGUUCCUUCAUGGUGGGUACACUCGCCCUCCUCUCAAUAUCUUGAUAAGCCACAAAAUCCAUGGCGCUUGACCCAGUUAAAGGCCACCUUAAUUAGUUAUUCUGGUUGUUACCACAUCAACUUCGAUCUCUGUUAUUUUGUCUCUGUAGCUGUAUGGCCGUAACUUAAUGAACUAGUUCAGGUAGCUAGUUUGGACAUUUACUGAAUUAGAACAUCAUUAGAUAUAUAUAUAUAUAUGCGAUGCUUGGUUUAUUUCUCAUUUCA